AUGGCCCAAGAUGAAGUUUACUCCUCCACGACGGUGCCGAAUCCGAAUACCGGUUGUUUCCUGGUACCGACGCAGUAUCUGGACAAAGUGCGCUUUGUCGUGAAGAUUCUAGAAGUGCUGCUGUCCCUGGUGGCGUUCAUCCUGGAGGAAGUGGUGGCCGUUUGCAUAAAAUGUACAGCUCUGGAGUUCUUUGAGUUUGUCAGCUGCACGUCGUUCCUCUUCACCGCUCUGCUCCUCGUCCUUCUCUCCACAAACCUGCACCUUAGGGUGGGAAUCAACUGUUGGUCCAGCCUGGACUUUUGGUACACGACGAUCAUCGCCUUGGUUUUCUUCAUCGCCUCCAUCAUCUUUGCUGCCAUCAACAACGACAGUCCUCUGGAGAAAAGUGCUGGGGCAUUUGGUUUCCUAGCAACACUGGCUUUCGUGUUUGACCUCUUCCUAUUUUGGAGGACGUACGGACUUCCCUUCGCCAAAGGGGACAAGCCACAGCCCAGUAACGACGUCCGAACGGCGGACCCGGAAGUCCCAGCUGAGACGGAGAAGCUCAACACGGACGCCACCGCGGCCGAGUGA